CGCAAAACAAAAAUCAACAAAGCAAUUGGGUGUCCUCAGACUGUCAGUUGUCAGUGCAAUUGUCAACAAUAAUUAUAAACAAUUGAAGAAACAUAAGAUGAUAUAAGAAACCUAUAUUGCUAAAAAUGUUAGACUCUUCUCCCGAAGAUGAAGAUUUUCCAGGAAGACUGCUUCAUCAGGCUGCACUUUGGGACAAUACAGAAUUGUUAGAAGAUUUGUUAGACGGAGGGCAACAGUCAUUCAUUAACUCUCAGGAUAGCUGGGGCAGAACUCCUUUGCACGCCGCGGCCAUCACAGAGUGUUCGCAAUGUUUACAAAUAUUGUUAAAUGUUGGUGCCGACUCUAAUAUUCAGUGCGGUCCCCGAGGAGAGAAUAAGACGCCAUUACAUCUAAGUGCGGAGCACGGACAUGUUAGUAAUGUCAGCGUGCUUUUGCAACACAACACGAACAUGCUGUUGCGCGAUGCAAAUGGAAUGACUGCCUCCGAUUUAGCCGACAAAGCUGGACAUAUUAAUUGUAUGAAUCUUUUAAAGGAGGCGGCAGAUGCUCGAGAAAAAGCAAGAUUGGAUAUUCAUGCAGCGCUCCGAGAUGCUGUUAUUCAAGGUGAUUCAAGUUCCGUACAACAGUUGGUUACAUCUCUGGCAAAAGAUGCGGAGUUAAUAAUAAAUAUGGCACCUAGUGGAGCAAACACUCUACUAUUCAUUGCUGCACAGACCGGAAAUAAGGAUAUUGUAAAAAUACUUUUGAAUAAUGGUGGUGAUGGAAGGUAUCAUCCUGUAACGAAAUACUCUCCGUUGUACAUAGCAUGUUACCAUGGUCACAAGCAUAUAGUCGAAAUGUUGCUCUUGCAAUUUCCGGAAUUAGUACAGCAACAUACAGUUGAGCGCUGGUUACCAAUCCAUGCUUGUUCAAUUAAUGGUCAUUUAGGAGUUUUAGAUAUGUUAUUUCAUUUUUUAUAUCCUUCACAUGUCCUCAGGAAGUUCAGGGACACAACUGGUAAAUGGGAGUAUUAUAUGCCGUUUGAUAUUAACGAAAGAGAUGCGACUGGACAAAAUAUACUUUAUGUCGCUUGCUUAUUAGGAAAUAAAAAAUUGUUAGAUAUGAUUUUAAAAUUUAAAGUAAAGGCUGCUAGAAUUAAAGAAGAGGAAGACGACGAAACAACGCCGAGUUCAGAAGUACAAAAUUUAGUUAGUCCCACUGGUCGGCGUAUUUCUGAUGGAAUUCAAUCAAUUAUGUCUAAACUGAGUUUGUCAACGGGAAGUUCUUUUGAUCGAGCAUCUGAUAGCGAUAACAAUUCAUCGAUGGUUUGUCCAUUGAAGAUUGACAUGUACUGUAAUAAUAAUACAGAAACGGCGUUACAUGCGGCAGUUAAAGGAAAACAUUAUGACAUUGUUCUUGCACUUUUAAAUUUUGGCGCAAAUCCGAAUAUAAUUAUUAGAAGUUACCACGAUAUUAAUGACGAUAUUGAUAUUUUUUAUAAUAUGAACUGUUGUUCUGCAGAAGAACUAAAUUAUAGUCAAUCAACGGCUUUAGUAGAAGCGUGCCGCAAUCGUGACGUUCCAUUAGUUGAUUUGUUAUUAAAAUUUGGUGCGAGAGACGACGAAUGUAAGGCAAUAUCUCUUACAGUUCAAAAUAAGGAUGAAACAUUGAUUGCAAAAUUACUGUCUGUGAAAGCGCAUCCCGAUCCAGAAUAUAAAAUUAAUAAGAAAGCGAUGACUGAAAGCAUAAAUUCGCCACAAUUUUCAAUAUUUUCAAAUGUUACCCAGCUCACUUAUAGUUCUUUGUUUCCCAAUACCCCUACUAUGAUUAAUUGGCAUAAUCAACGUUGCCAUUUAUCACAGAUACGAUCUCAGUGGCUCACCGAUGCCGCAUUGCAUUUAAAUCAGAAGUUGAAACAAAAUCCUCGCAGUUACGAUAUAGCUCUAUAUGCCAUAACUCGAUUGGACAUAUCGAACAACAGCUUAACGUCGCUACCUUUAUCAGUAUUCCAAUUAUACAGUUUGAAGUACUUAAACGUAGCUCAGAAUAAGAUUGAAAAAUUACCUGUACCGAUGGAGUCACCGAAGAAAAACAAUCGUAGGAAAAAGGGAGGCAAAGACGAUUUGUGUUACGGAUGUCCUGUACUAGAAGAAUUAUACAUACAAGACAAUAGAUUGGAUCACAUUCCGGAGGCUAUAUUUAAGCUACCUGCUCUAGUUACAAUUGUUGCAUCGAAUAACAAACUGCAACAUUUGCCGUAUAAUAUGUGGCAAGCUCCCAAAUUAAAAGAACUGAACUGUGCAUUUAAUCUGCUAAAGGAAUUACCUAGUAGUCCUGCUGAUAAUCCCAAGGAAGAAGCUGAUAGACUGAGUGUUAGUUCAAGUGAUAGUCAACUGUCGAUCUAUGCAGAAGCUGAUGUAGAAUCUGAUAUACAUUCGGAUUUUGAGAGUGAUUCUGACGACUUCAUACAAUCAGUGAGAUAUAGGAAAAAGGACAAAUGUCUUCGGCAAAUGGAUUUGGUUAAACAUCACAUUUGGAGUAAAAGUGUUGAAGUUACUGAACAAAUUUUGCAUAACGAUGAAUCAACUAUGGAGAAAGCGUCACAAUUAUCAGCAUUGAAUUUAGCUCAUAACCUCUUUACGAGUAUACCUGUUGUUCUUCCAUGUCUGGCGGUUAACCUGACCAGGUUAAACAUGGCAUUUAAUACGCUGCGAUCGAUGUCUCAUAUUACUAGCUAUCCAAGUUCUUUAAAACAACUUGACCUCAGUCACAAUCAGAUCACCUGCUGGCCCAGUUUGCCUCAAGUGGAAGCACAUGAUACAAUGGAGUUGGCCAAUUUGGCAUGUUACUGUGGAAGCGGCAAUAAGGAUAAAUUGUCAUCACUUGGAAAUGUUCACAGACAGUCUGGUCAAUCUAUUCGGAAUAUGGUACUUCAAUCGGUUUGUUCACAUCGACGACACCUACGUUUGGAUAAUUUGAGAACGCUAAUAUUGGCAGACAAUCAUUUGACACGAAUUCAAUUGGCUACCGAUGACGAUGGUGAUUUUGUUGAGGAUGAAGAUAGUGAACGGAGUGUACUUACGGCCAAAGCUCGUCUAAUGUUUCCCAACAUAUCUAUGCUUGAUGUUACCAACAAUAAAUUAAAAGAAAUCCCAGUUAACAUUUACGAAUUAAACAACUUAUCUGUACUAAACAUCAGCGGAAACACAGGUAUUACCGAGUUACCACCUCAAAUGGGCCUAUUGUCACGCCUUUGGAACUUAAACACGCGUGGUUGCUCUUUACAAGAACCACUAAAAUCUAUGAUCGAAAGUAAAAAGUAUAAAACAAUGGAUAUUAUCGGUUAUUUAAAGUCGGUGCUUGAGGAUGCCAGACCUUAUGCGCGAAUGAAGUUGAUGAUCGUUGGCGUUCAGGGAAUAGGCAAAACCAGUUUAUUAGAUCAGUUGCGCCAAGAAGGGAUAUCACGUAAAAAACCGACAGAACACUGGGCUAAGCGUAUGGGAAAUAAAAAUAUAAACGUCAAAACAUCAAGAGGUAUGAACAUGUCUACUGUGGGCGUAGACAUUGGUGAUUGGAUAUAUGAAAAGAAAAUUCGAAACCAAUCUAUCCAUGGUCCAGUUAUAUUUAGAACUUGGGAUUUUGGGGGCCAAAAGGAAUAUUACGCUACGCAUCAGUACUUUUUGUCAAAACGAAGUUUAUAUCUUGUCGUAUGGCGUAUAAUAGACGGCCAUAAGGGCAUCAAUGAAAUACUACAAUGGCUGGUAAACAUUCAAGCGAGAGCACCUAACUCUCCUGUGAUAAUUGUUGGUACGCAUUAUGAUGUGGUUCAAGAGACAAACCCUAAUGUGUCUGAGGAAUAUCAGCAAGUUAUUAGGGAAAGGUUUAUUAACAUAGUAGACGCUGAAAAAUGUGGAUUGCCUAGGGUGUUAGAUACAAUUGAAAUCAGUUGUAAAACUAGGCACAAUUUGAAACUGUUGUGUAAUUUAAUUUACGACACUGUCUUCAGUCUACGCCCGCCAGGAAGUAAAGAACUACUACUGGAGCAAAAAGUGCCCGCUACUUACCUUGCCUUAGAAGAUGUUGUUAAUCACGUUGCUAUGGAGCGCCGAUUAAAUAAUCUAGAUCCUGUUCUAACUGCAGAACAGUAUCGCACUACUGUGACUAACGAAAUGCAGUUGCGAUGUAAUCGAUCGUUUAGGGAUUGGGCGGAACUGCAUCAAGCAACCCUCUUCCUCCAUGAUAAUGGUGUGCUGCUUCAUUACGAUGACGCCACUUUAAAGGACUUGUAUUUUCUCGAUCCACAAUGGCUUUGUGAUAUGCUAGCGCAUGUUGUUACGAUAAGAGAAAUAAAUCCUUUUGCAAGGACUGGUAUAAUGAAAUUAGAUGACUUGAAGCAUAUAUUUAAGUCAAAUAAUAUCGGUUCACUCGACACCAAGGAUUAUAUAGUUAAUUUGCUGAAUAAAUUUGAGGUCGCGCUAACGUGGGAUUCCAGGACUUUGUUGAUACCAUCACUGUUGCCAUGUGAGGAAGAUACAUAUUUAGAACAGUUACAUCCGGGUUUGUGUCACACUACUGUUAAAGUUAAGGUACCAUUGAGGUCACGUGGGUGGGCUGUUAGAAAUAAAAAAAUGAUGGUGUCUCCCAAAUCUGUGUUGUACAACGAAUGUAGUAAGAAAGGAAAAUUUGUAAUGAAUAUGCCGUCUACGUCGCACGCUUCCAAAGUUUUAGAUGAAACAGAACCAGAAGUUGCUCGAUAUCAAAUCAUGUCUCAGCCAUCUGGGAAAUCGAUUACAAGAUUAUUAUUGAUGUCAUAUUUUCCAUCCGGAUUUUGGUCUCGAUUGAUGUCACGUAUUUUGGCAGAUGAUUCAAUCAUAGAUAUAAUUAGAUCAUUCUUUAUUUUACCCAAAGACAUAGCGCAAGAUCCGGAGAUUGCAAAAAUAUUAGAGUUAAAAGCAGAAUGGGUUUUGUGGCAAACAGGUUUACAGUUGAAAUACGGAGACAGCACUUUAUUUAGAAUACGUGAAAUUUUGAGCACAUCAGGAUCGUAUUACAGACAGCUGAAGUUUAGAUUAAAGCAAGAUGGUGUCUGGUGCGAUGUCGAUUUACAUAAUACCUCCAUUUUGGAAAUAUAUUUUCCUGUUGACUCUUUAGUGAUUAAGCCAAUGCAAAAUGAAAAUGGUAGCCUUUCUAAAGGCAAACUUCAAAGUGAAUUGGUAGUCGAAUGCACCACCGAAUCCACUGCCCAGCUUCUGGCUCUUGCUGUUGAUCAUAUUGAUAUACUCUUAGAAGAUUGGUAUCCCACCUUAGGCACACGAUUUGUACAUACAUCGGAGGGAAAAUUUUUAAUUACUAGACUAGUGCCUUGUCCAAAAUGUUUGUCUUUUGUUUCGGAGAAUGACUUGCACGGUGAUCUUUUUGAUUAUUCUCAAAAACAAAUGUUGGAGGAUUUUCAUGAUCCACCUUAUCAUCAUCAACACAGAGUGCGUAAAUCCCAAGAGUCGUAUACAUCCGAAUGUGAUAGCGGCGUUGGCCCUGAUUCAACAGACAGCAGCAGAAUGCCUUCAGUUGAGGGACAUCCAAACAUGUACUCCGAAGAUACGUCUAAUAAUUUAGCAAACCAUAUCAAUUAUAGUUGGAUGGUGGAAGAGUGUAUUUUAGCGGCCUAUGGAAACAGAUGCGUUACGUGUCCAACGCAUUCGGAUAUUCGCUUGUCAUUGAUCGCCCCGGAUGUUAUAUUUCUGGAUUUGGGCGAACGAUAUUUAAUCAAAUCGGAAAAUAUUAAAAAGGGACACCUACUUGGUCGUGGCGCUUUUGGUUUCGUUUUUAAAGGGACUUGCAAAAAUCGUGGCACAAAUUUAGUUAUUGAUGUUGCAAUGAAGAUGUUACAACCUGUACAUCCAGGGCCAAAUGCAAGACAAUCUGCCGUUAUUGCUUAUAAAGCAGCGCAAGGAAAAUGGGAUAGAGAUCCAUUGCAAUAUGCUUGUAAAGCGUAUUGUACAGCACGGCAAGAGUUGAAUAUAUUAUUAUCUUUACGCCAUCCUAAUAUCGUCCCAUUUGUUGGAGUUUGCAAUAGUCCUUUAGCUUUAGUUCUUGAUUUGGCUCCAAAAGGGGCCUUAGAUUUAGUACUGCGUCAUUAUCGAAGAUCUGGGGCUAAAGUAGGACCUUAUGCUUUGCAGUCGAUUAUUUUGCAAGUCGCAAAAGCCAUUGAAUAUCUUCAUCGCCAGCACAUUAUUUACAGAGAUUUGAAAUCGGAAAAUGUACUCGUUUGGGAGAUGCCCCCACCCUUUGUUGAUCAUCCUGAACAUGCGAUUCAUAUUAAAGUAGCUGAUUAUGGUAUAAGUCGUCUGACUUUGCCCUCUGGAACAAAAGGAUUCGGUGGCACUGAAGGUUUUAUGGCACCUGAAAUAAUGCGUUACAAUGGUGAAGAGGAAUAUACAGAAAAAGUCGAUUGUUUCUCGUUUGGAAUGUUUAUAUAUGAAUUACUAACACUGCAUCAACCAUUUGAAGGGCACGAGUCUGUAAAGGAGUGUAUUCUAGAAGGUGGUAGACCACCACUUUCUUACCGAGAAACGUUGUACCCCAGUUACUGUUUGGAUUUGAUGGUGCUUUGUUGGUCACAGCAACCAAAAGAUCGUCCGUCCGCAAGUCAAAUUGUAUCAAUUGCGACUGCACCUGAAUUUAUACAUUUAAGUGAUGUAGCGUCUUUGAAACAUGCGGCGGUGGUUACUGCAUCUGCUAGUGCUCCAGUUUCACAUAUUACAGAGGAUGGGUUAUUUGGUUCUGAAAUGUGGCUGAUGUGUGCCAAUUCGCGAGUGGAUUUAUUACUGGCUUCGAAUCGAGGAUGGCUACAACACCAUAGUAUGGUGUUACCUAUACGACCAACAUCAGUUUGUACAGUAGGGAAUUAUAUGUGGAUAGGUGAUUGUGUCGGCCAAAUACACGCGUACUCAGUAACUGAAGGGUAUAAAGUGUUUUCCUAUGCUUUGGAAAGUUCCAACAACAGUAGCAUUAGCAGCUUACUGUAUUUACCAACAUUGAAAAGAGUCGCUUGCGGCUUAUCAAAUGGAAGAUUGUUUUUGUUAAAUACCGAAGCCAUUCCAAGUACCCCAACGUCAGAAGAAGGCAGCUUUGUUAUGACCGAAUUAGGAUCAACAUUUACUCUGUACUCUUUAUGUGCAACGUUUAAAGAGGAAGGAACUGUUUGCGAGCUGUGGUGUGGUCAAUCUCAUGGGCAAAUUUCAAUAUAUAGCAUUAAAGAUCACAUUGUGACGAAUCACGAAAUUAUAAACCAUUUUCAAUCAGUAAUUGAAUCCGCAAACGUCUUAAAUCUUAUUGCAAAUGAGAAUUCCAUUUAUUCGUACGUGUCACCUGGAUGCAUUGUAUAUCAAUGGAGAAUAAAAAGUCGCGAUGUUGUGAACAAGUUGGACUGUUCCAAACUGGUUCCAUGUUCCGAAAGUUUAAAAUCCAUCGCCAUUGAGGAACAUUUAAGUCCCACCAACUGUCAGGUUACGAGUUUGGCAAUAUUAAAUUCAGAGUUGUAUAUUGGAACAAGUUGGGGCUGUAUUAUAAUUGCAGAACGUUCGUCUUUGCGUCCCAUAACGGUAUUUAGACCAUUUGAAGAAGAAGUGCGUGCGAUAGUUCCAUUAAUAAUGAAUAAGAGUAGCAAGGAAAAUAGUGAUAAUACCCCCUUAUUAGCUACAAUUGGUCGCGGUUAUCGUAGUUUGUUAACCAGAUAUACUGAUGUAUCUAUUAAUAUUGGAAAUACAAUUCAAAGUCCUACUGCAACAACAUCUUUUUCUAUUAUUAACAAACAAAAUAUGUUCCUUUUACUGUGGCGCGCAGAGCAUUGGGGUUCCUCCUAAUUGUUAUCAAAUAUUUUUUGGAGUUUUAAGUUUGAUUUUUCCACCAUGAUAAGUUCAGGUAAUUUUCAAAAGUUAGUGCCUGUUGAUAUAAUCUGUAAAUAGUUUUGAAAUUUUAUUUUUUUCACUUUCAUUAAUUUUAUUAAAAUGUGAGUUAAACACAUGACUGUAUUUUAAAUGUUUACUGUAUAUUUGUGACUUGUUGAUCAAAUUGAUGUAGUCUGUGAUCUGUUAUAGUAGUUUUAAAUUUGUGAUUUUAUUACUUUAUUGUAUUAUUUAGUGUGAAUUUACACAAUACAUAUACAUUGUUAAUG